AUGUUGAAGCCAGCAUUGCCACUCAGAUCCUUCUUAUUUCUGCAGCUGCCUCUGCUGGGGGUGGGGCUGAACCCAAAGGUCCUCACGCCCAACGGGAAUGGAGACACCACAGCUGACUUCUUCCUGACCUCUACGCCUCCUAGGUCCCUCAGUGUUUCCACUCUGCCUCUCCCAGAGGUUCAGUGUUUUGUGUUCAAUGUUGAGUACAUGAAUUGCACUUGGGACAGCAGCUCUGAGCCCCAGCCUACCAACCUGACUCUGCGCUAUUGGUACAAGAACUCUGGUAAUGAUAAAGUCCAGGAGUGUGGCCACUACCUAUUCUCUGAAGAGAUCACUUCUGGCUGUUGGUUGCAAAAAAAGGAGAUCCAUCUCUACCAAACAUUUGUUGUCCAGCUCCAGGACCCACGGGAACACAGGAGGCAGGCCACAAGGAUGCUAAAACUGCAGAAUUUGGUGAUCCCCUGGGCUCCGGAGAAUCUAACACUUCACAACCUGAGUGAAUCUCAGCUAGAACUGAGCUGGGACAACAGAUACGUGGCCCACUGUUUGGAGCACCUGGUGCAGUACCGAAGUGACCGGGACCACAGCUGGACUGAGCAAACAGUGGAUCACAGACAUAGCUUCUCCCUGCCUAGCGUGGAUGUGCAGAAACUCUAUACGUUCCGUGUUCGGAGCCGCUUUAAUCCGCUAUGUGGAAGUGCUCAGCACUGGAGUGAAUGGAGCCACCCAAUCCACUGGGGAAGCAAUACUUCAAAGGAGAAUCCUUUGUUUGCUUUGGAAGCUGUGCUUAUCCCCAUUGGCUCCAUGGGAUUGAUUAUUAGCCUCAUCUGUGUGUAUUGCUGGCUGGAACGAAUGAUGCCCCGAAUUCCCACUCUCAAGAACCUAGAGGAUCUGGUUACUGAAUACCAUGGGAACUUUUCGGCCUGGAGUGGCGUGUCUAAGGGAUUGGCGGAGAGUCUGCAGCCAGACUACAGUGAACGGCUCUGCCACGUCAGUGAGAUUCCCCCAAAAGGAGGGGAAGGGCCUGGAGGCUCUCCUGGCAGCCAGCAUAGCCCCCACUGCACCCCCCUAUAUUACACCCUGAAGCCUGAAAUCUGA